AUGACGCUGGACGAAACUACCCGUAUGUUUGACGUCACUACUGAUAUGGGCGGGCUCCUCAUUGGGACGGUUCCAAACUCAGAAUCCAAUGGAACUAAUACAACUGUCGGAAUUAACUUCAACACAAGACACACUGUCGUUUGGGUUUUUAACGUGAUCACCGUGCUCGUGGGUCUAGUGGGAAACGUCUUGGUUUUUCCGCUAAUGAGAGACGCGAAAUUGUACUACCUGUCCUUCCCAGUAUACCUGAGAUUCCUGUCUUUCUCCGACAGUGCCGUCCUCAUCAUUUUCGGGAUAAAAGAAUCCUUGAGAUACUUCCAAUCGUAUUAUCUUAUUGGGGGAAAUCUGGCUGUCUGUAUGCUUCUGAAGUUUAUGCAGUACACAAUGACCCAAUUGUCUCCAUGGUUGGUGGUUGGACUGACUCUGGAUCGGUUCUACUGUGUCGUUUUCCCGAUGAAACGUGAUCGACUCUGCACUCGAAGAAAGGCCACGAUCGUCUGCUCGUGUCUGACAGCUGUGUCAGUGGUGAUGACGAUUCCACUGAUGUACGACAUCAAAGUUGUGAAAGGGCGAGACACAAUCUGCGUUGUAAGUGAUCUCCUAAUGAGUUACUUUGCUUCUGUACGUCUAGUGUUCAACUCUACCCUCCCUUGUGCCAUGAUCCUCGUCCUCAACAUUGUGAUUGGAAUCCACAUCCAGCGCAGCGCCGCUUUCAGACAGAGAUUCACCGCCAACACCACCAGCACCAGCUCCCACCACCACCAUCACCACCAGCUCCACCGCUACCAACACCACCAGCACCAGCUCCGGCGCCACCAACACCAUCAGCACCAGCUCCACCACCACCAACGCUGGGGCUACAGAACACAAGCAGGACAAUUCACUCCGUCCUCUCAUGCUGAUCUCGAUAUUGGCUUUCGUAACAAUUGUUCCUUUGGCUAUCAUUGA